AUGUCGACACUACUACUACCCCACGAAUACACAUUCAUCCACGUCAACCCGUCUCGGUCGCACUCGCGGUCCAAGGCAUCCAGGCUCGCGCUCCGUCUGCAAAGAAGCGAGGCGCAAUCGCAAGCCGCAUAUACGGCAUAUCGUGCCCGUCAGGUCAGGAAAGCAGCGGCACAGCUGAGAAGACCGCGAGAGAAUACCGUCUCGGCGGAAAUUUCGUCCAAAUCUGGACAAAGAACGGGACAUGAAUGCGUUGAUGGAGAUUCGGACCACCAAUGGUCAACAGACAAGCCAAUACCUACGCAGUCAGCGACUGCCCCUUCUACUAAAACAGCGCCGCCCGAUGGAGCCCUGGCACUCGACGUCCUCCGGACAACAUCGCAGUGUAGAGUCUUGACGCCUCUCGACCUGCAAUACGAGUGGUUUCGAGGCCUCCGGAGGGAUCCCUUCCUAUGUACUCCUGCCAGCGAGCCCGAGGAUGGAGCACUGAUUGAUUUCUUCGCACAUGACAUCGGCCCGAUAAACGAGUCGGUCGCAUGGAUCUUCAACGUCACCAACAUGGCGGCAGGGAUGCUGGAGAUGAUGGCUCAAGACGGGUUUUACGACGUCAUGCUCUGUGUGUUGCAGUCGAUGAGGGACUCACUGGCUUCAACACGCUUGUCACCUUCCGUGGCCGUGCUUCGCCGCAAAGGCCGGGCGAUUGCAAAUAUCCGGGCAGCAAUGGCCAGGGUACAGUGCGAAGAAGCGGAUUCCGAGGACGCGAUCACCGACCCAGUCUUGUGUGCCAUUCUUCUGCUUGCUGUUCUGGAAGGCCGGUUCCAGGCGACGAGUGUCAGCAAUGUGCACAAGAAAACGAUGUCAGCCAUAACGUCUCAGAGAGGCGGGCUUGGGAGCUUCGAGGGCGAAAGCGUGUUCAAGGCCAGUGCCAUGCAAUUCGACACCAUCUGGAUGUGGGAGACUGGCACGACGAUGUUCCCUGGGCUGCGACGAUCCCAUGACCCGGUGUAUCCCUCCGACCCGUCGUCGAUGCACAUGAUCCAGAGUUUGCCGAUUGGGUUCCGCGACUUGUUCCUCCAGAGAGCACUUUCCUAUGACAUCCUGCCGGUCCUCACACGCGCUACCCAUUUCAGCCGGCUUAGCGCCCGUGAACGUGCUGAACUUCUUCGUGAGGCGCGGAAGCAGAAGAAGGCAUUCAACGAUUUCUGCGAGGCGUGUCCUUGUCUAGGCCUAUGUGACGACAAAUACCAUCCGCUGGAGAGAUUACUGACUCUGUCGAUAAUGGGCUAUAUCUAUGGUGCUUUCGCGCCUAGAGCCUUUCCGACAAGUCCCGGUGGACCAACCCCAGAUCUGACGAAGAGACUGAUGUCUUAUCAGCCAACCACUAUGGCUGACGAAGCAUGCUCGCAGUGGAUGUGGAUUUUGGCAAUCAACUUGUCGUGGACAGGGAGCCCAGUUUGCCCCGACAAGCUCCUUUCGAUGCUCCAGUUGCAGCUUCGCUAUCCAGAAUUCCGGUCUGUGGAGAGAAUUUUGGAACUUGGCUCGAAGUUCCUCUGGACACAAGAAAUGACAAAAUCGAUUCGGUCCUACUGGCAGGAUGUCACAAUUUAA